GGCUGGCUAGUGUGACAGUUGGCAGCAGUUGGAGCAGUCAUCUUAAGCGAGAGGACACAGAGGGGAGUGCUAAUGCAGCUCCCCCCCUGGAGAGACUAGAAGUUGAUUUGAACACACCCCACCUAGAUCUAACUCUCUCUGCACAUAUUACAUUUGCCCAGUGGUGAACCGCACUGUAAAUAUAAUGGCUAUAAAAAAACACAGAGUCGGGGUCUUCUCGAGAGACGGAGAGGACAAUUACCUCUGGCUGAUUAGCUUACUCCGGAGGCCGAUGUUUCGCAGUGUGGUGGAGGACGUGUUUUCUGUAUACAUAUCCGAUAAGUCCCCGGCCUUUCAGAGAGCUUUGACCAAAUGCACAUUCGCCAUCUUGUACCACACCGAGAGGAGGGGAAGACUGAACAUCACUAAUGUGACGGACUCUCUGUAUGACCAGCAACUGGAGGACCUGUCUACUCACCUGGGAAGAGAGAAUGUGGUGGUUCUGCUGGAUGACCUGAAUGACGGUAGUGAUAAUACCAGGAGACGGAUAUUACAGGACCAGCCGCUGGUUGACACAUGUGCCUGUGAGCUGGUUCUCAUUAGUGAGGUGGACAAGAAAUCCUCUGACAGUAAUGGUCGAGAUGUGAGAUGGAGUCAGGCUUCCGGCUCCCAACAGCUCCAGGACCAGGACAACUCGCUACACAAGAAAAUGCGCAAGGUCAUGGACAUUAUGUCACGAAGUCUGAAAAACACAGCAGAUGUAAGAUAUAGCGAUGAAACAGCCUCAGACUAUACGGAUGAAGGACAAGGCAGAGGUCGAUACAGUAUGAAAUCAACCAGUGUGUACAGCUCAGACCCAGAUCCACAGUUACUUCCUGCAUCGGAUUGGGACUCCAUUCCAGAUGCCAAAAAAAGUACUGAGGGACAGAAAGGACCUAAGAAAACUGGCAAAAAGCUAUUUGAAGGCAGCAAAAUCUCAGAUGCUAAUGUGUUCUGGAUAACCGGUGGUCUUAUUGUCAUUUUAACAAUUGUGUUUAUUGUUAUCCUCUGUCUUACGGUAUAAUUUAAUAUACUACAGUAAGUCUCCGCUGGUCGAUCUGAAAUGCCCCCUGGUUCCAGGGAUUGUAGCCAACAGUAUCCAUGCAGAAGGCUGAUGUUGUAUUUUCUUCUCUGUUGCUCCCUCUCAUACAUGUAUAUACGCCUAUGAUACGUCUUCUUGUCACACAGAAUAUUUG